AUGGAAAAACUCAGGCGCUACUUCGCGUUCCCGAAGUCGCCUUCGCGUCCCCGGCCCGAGCCCCGACGGACGGAGGAGCCGGCACAGAGCACGGGUCUGUUCGAGGCAGCUAACCGGGAGUUCGAAAGCACGGAGUCAGGAAGUGACACUUCGGACAUUUCAGAAGAACUUUCUGCUCAAGGUGGAGAGGGAAAGUCCCCAGGAGAAGCAGCAUCUGGUUUGAAAACUGGACCAGAGGACUCUGCUCUCCCUGACACUCAAUUACAAAGGGAAGAAAGACCAACAAGCACUUGCUCUUCUUCCAGUGUGGUGGGAGAAGUAGUAAAAACUAUGCAGCACUUCAUGGAGGAGUUCGGCAUGGACCUGUUCACUGUUACACAGGCCUUUCUGAAAAACACUGGUGAAGUGGAAACUACUUUGUACUUUCUGCAGACGGGGCAGCGCUUGGAUGGGUACCCUGUAUGGAGCAGAGAGGAUGAUUUGGAAUUGCAAAAAGAUGAUGAAUGUGUCAGAAAUAAAUUAAUAGCAAAAUUUGGAGCUGAAAAUGUAGCAAAGCGGGUAGCAUUUAGGAAAAGUUAA